UAUCCCAGUCCGGGGCGGAAAGGGUGUGACUCCUCCCCCACCUCAGGUCUGGGGGCGGGGCCGCCGUGGCCCCGAGCCCUAUAAAUCUGCAGCCCACAAUCGCAAGCUGCCCCUUUAAGCCCCGCGGCGACCUCCGGCUGUCAACGCUUAGCUUCGGACCCUGGACCCUGAGUGCGGGCGCGGCGGACGCAUAGACGGAGACGAGGGACGGGGAGGCGGACGGCGACAGCAAGGACCCACAGACCCCUCGCCCAGGGAGCCCCUCGCGGCCUCCCAUCCCGGGGCGGGACGGGCGCGUGUCCCCGCGCGGCGGCGGAGCGUCCGGCCACUGCCCUCGCCGUCCCGCAUCCCUGCCUCCGCCAGCUGCCCCCGCCUGGGCGCGCGGGCGCCGCACCAGCCCGCAUGGAGGCCGUCGAGGCAGGGGCGCGGGCCACCUUCGGAGCCUGGGACUACGCGGUCUUCGCGCUCAUGCUGCUGGCGUCCGCCGGCAUCGGGCUGUGGGUCGGGCUGGCGGGCGGCGGGCAGCGCAGCGCCGAGGACUUCUUCACCGGGGGCCGGCGCCUGGCGGCCCUGCCCGUGGGGCUGUCGCUGGCCGCCAGCUUCAUGUCCGCCGUGCAGGUGCUGGGCGUGCCGGCCGAGGCCUACCGCUACGGCCUCAAGUUCCUCUGGAUGUGCCUGGGCCAGCUGCUCAACUCGCUGCUCACCGCCGCGCUCUUCCUGCCCGUCUUCUACCGCCUGGGCCUCACCAGCACCUACGAGUACCUGGAGCUGCGCUUCAGCCGCGCCGUGAGGCUCUGCGGGACGCUACAGUACCUGGUGGCCACCGUGAGUGGCCUCUGCCCUGCCGUCGCCCUGUCCAGAGUCCCGCCCCUUGCCUCAGGGCCCCGCCCACAUGGCGGCAUGAGGGCCGUGGUUUGGACGGACGUGUUCCAGGUUCGCGCCCUGUCCCCACCCAGUUUUGACCCUGACCCAAGGAGCCGCUACACAUUCUGGACAUUGGCGGUGGGCGGCACGUUGCUGUGGCUGUCCAUGUACGGCGUGAACCAGGCUCAGGUGCAGCGCUACGUGGCCUGCCGCUCGGAGAGGCAGGCCAAGCUCGCCCUGCUCGUCAACCAGCUGGGCCUCUUCCUGAUCGUGUCCAGCGCCGCCGUCUGCGGCGUCGUCAUGUUCGCGUUCUACAGCGGCUGCGACCCUCUGCUGGCCGGGCGCAUCUCCGCCCCUGACCAGUACAUGCCACUGCUGGUGCUGGACAUCUUCGGUGGCCUGCCGGGCGUCCCCGGGCUCUUCCUGGCCUGCGCCUACAGCGGGACCCUCAGCACGGCGUCCACCAGCAUCAACGCCAUGGCUGCUGUCACCAUGGAAGACCUCGUCAAGCCACGGCUGCCAAACCUGGCACCCAGGACCCUCGUGAUUGUCUCCAAGGGGCUCUCGAUCAUCUACGGCUCGGCCUGUCUCACCGUGGCGGCCCUGUCCUCCCUGCUGGGGGGCGGCGUCCUCCAGGGCUCCUUCACGGUCAUGGGUGUCAUCAGCGGCCCGCUGCUGGGAGCCUUCGUGCUGGGCAUGUUCCUGCCCGCGAGCAACACGCCGGGCGUCCUCGCCGGGCUGGGCGCCGGCCUGGCGCUGUCCCUGUGGGUGGCCGUGGGGGCCACGCUGUACCCGCCCAGCGCACAGACCAUGGGGGUCCUGCCGUCCUCCGCCGCCCGCUGCCUGGCUCCCUCGGCCAACGCCUCGGGCCUCCCGGGCCCGCUGCUCCCCGCUGCCCAGGCCCUCAACAGCAGCUCGGGAACGGACCUCGGCCGCCCCGCCUUGGCUGACAGCUUCUACGCCAUCUCUUACCUGUACUACGGCGCGCUGGGCACGCUGGCCACCGUGCUGUGCGGGGCCCUGGUCAGCUGCCUGACAGGCCCCACCAAGCGCAGCGCCCUGCGCCCCGGCUUGCUGUGGUGGGACCUGGCGCGGCAGACGGCCUCAGUGGCCCCCAAGGAGGAAGUCGCCGCCCUGGACGACAGCUUGGUGAAGGGUGUUGAAGAACUGUCCCUUGGAACCAAGAAGCCCCCUGGCUUACUGGUCGCCGAAGAGGACCGCGUGGUCUUCCUGGGGCAGAAGGAGCUGGAGGGGACUAGUUCCUGGCCCCCCCGCAGUGGAUGUGAUGGUGACAAUCUACGAGAGACAAACCUUUGACUGCAGGGUCAGCCCUGGACAGGACGGACCCUCUGGGAUGGAACCUCACAGGAGGCCAGCCAAUCCCAGGCCAUCGGCUAAUGGUCUUGGGCUCUGAUUGGCUGGACUACCUUGUAUGCAAAGGAGCUCAGGCCUGCUCAUUUGCAUAGGACUAGUCAUUUCAUCCCACCACCUGCUUCUAGCCCCCCCAGCCACAGGUGCUGCACCCCUGCCGCCCCCGACACGGCUGGGUUUUUCUCUAUCUGCAAUGAAAGAUGUUCGGCCGGGCGCGGCGGCUCACGCCUGUAAUCCCAGCACUCUGGGAGGCCGAGGUGGGAGGAUCGCUCGA